UUGGGAGGGAUCUGUAAGUACAGAUUGAGUGUCUUUUUGUAUCCCUAAUUUUAUAUAUAUAUUCAAGCAUUGUCCAUAUUCAACUCUACACUCUUUAUUCUUUCCUUUCCUGGUCGCUGGAGCUUCCAGGCCCAUUUUCUCACACACACAUACACACCAACAAUGUACCUCCGCACCGCCUUCCUCGUCGCCGCCACCGCCACAACAUUCGCCUCCACGACCCUCGCCUCCUUCGGCGUCGUCACCACCAAAGCCAAAAAUAGUAUCACCGUCGACACCGGCUCCACCACCGACCCGUUCCUCUUCACCGUCAACACGCUAAACUGCGACAUCACAUCCCUCAAGUACGCGGGCGAAGAACUCCAAUGGACCGGCAAGGGCUCGCACAUUGAAAUGGGGCUCGGCUCCGCCACCGUCAAGUACGAGACGAUUGGCACCCAGUAUAUCAAGAUUACGUGCACCACGGCUACGUUGACGCAGUACAUGGUUGUCAAAGCCGGGGAAGCGACUAUCUACAUGGCGACGGAUAUUACGGCGGAGCCCGAUAUUGGCGAGUUACGGUUUAUAGCGAGGUUGAAUAGUAAUAAGUUGCCGCUGAGCUAUCCGUUUGGGAUUGUGUCGACGACGGCGAAUUCAACGGCGACGGUCGAGGGGUCGGAUGUUUUUGUUGUCGAGGGCCAGACAAGGAGUAAGUUUUACUCGAGUGAGCGGUUUAUUGAUGAUGCUGUGCACUGUGUAUAUCGGGAUACCGAUGCAAUUCACGCUUGUUUGUUGAUGGAUUCGUAUUCGUAUGAAACGUCUGCCGGUGGACCGUUUCACCGCGAUAUCAACACUAACAACGGCGGCCCUUCGACGUCUCUGACUUUUUACAUGAACAGCAACCAUGUUCAGUUGGAGAAGUACCGUAUGGGAAUGAAGGGCCCUUAUGCCCUCUCCUUCAGCCGGUCUAGCAUCCCCAAAGGCGGGUCAAGCAUGGACACGACAUUCUUCAAGGAUCUCUCGAUACCAAACUACGUGCCUCCCUCAGCCCGAGGUACAGUAACAGGCAAAGCAACAGGCGUAAGCUCAACUUCCCAAGCAGUCCUCCACUGGUACAACGACGCAGCACAAUACUGGGCCUACGCCUCCUCCGCCUCCGGAGCCUUCACUUCCCCUGCCAUGAAACCCGGAACCUACACUCAGGUCCUGUACCAAGGCGAAUUCAAAGUAAAAGCCACGAGUGUAACCGUAGCAGCAGGCCGUGCAACAACCGCAAACAUAGCCGCGGACACCGAGCCCAAGACUUCGCUGUGGCGCAUCGGCGAUUGGGACGGCCAACCCAAAGGCUUCCGCAACGCAGACAAGCAACUCCGCAUGCACCCCUCUGAUUCGCGCAUGGCGUCCUGGGGACCCCUCACCUAUACCGUGGGCUCCAGCACGCUCGACAGCGUGCCCAUGGCCUUAGUCAAGGACCUCAACCCUUUCACCAUCAAGUUCACCGCGAAACAAAAAAACAUCACGCCAGUCACGCUGCGCGUCGGCACUACGCUCGCGUUUGCGGGCUGUCGUCCCGCCGUCACGGUGAAUACUAGUUUCAGUGCCCCGUUGCCCGCUGCGCCGACCAAGAUUGCCUCGCGGGGCUUCACGCGAGGGGCGUACCGUGGGUUUGGCGAGGUCUACAAUUACGCUAUCCCUGCGGGCACGCUCGUCUCGGGCCCGAAUACGAUUCGCAUUAGUUGUAUGAGCGGUGAGUCUGGAACGGGGUUCUUGGCUCCCAAUGUUAUUCUCGAUGCGAUAGAGUUGUUGGAGUAA